CCCAGGUGGCAAGGAGCGCAAUAACGCAUGCUGACUGGGCUCCGGUUCGUGCAGGGGUACCUGAGAUUGUGUCGUGCUGGUGACCGGGUUUGGAGCGCUCGGAUCGAAGGUGGCCGAGCACUGGUACGAGGUCUACAAGAUGGACAAGCAGGGGGCCAACCUCACUCUCAUGUAGGAAGCAGAAAGGGAACGAGGACGCAUCCAAGGUUGAGUAUAGGGUGUGGAACCCCUUCAGAUCCAAGCUGGCUGCUGCUGUGCUCGGUGGUGUGGACAACAUCUGGAUUGCUCCUGGAACAUGUGUGCUGUACCUCUCUUUACAGGAGCUCUGGGCUGAAGAAAUUUAAAGAAGCUUGAAGCCGGACAAAGUAAAGAGUAGCGAGUAAUAAUGUAGUGCUAGUUAUGUUGUACAAUAGCCAGC